AUGGUCGUCUUCGGUUUUGCACUGCAUACGCUGUGCUGGAGGAAGAACGGGAGACUGGAGAUCUUUCAGAAUGGUACCCUCUGGGUGAAGAGGGAGGCUACAAUGCAAGGAGAGGGCUAUAUGCUGGGGAUAAAGAGGGUCAGAAGGCUGUACUGUAACGUCGGCAUCGGUUUCCACAUACAGGUUUCACCAAACGGGAAAAUCAGAGGUGCACAUGAUGAGAACAGAUACACACUUCUAGAAAUUUCACCAGUGAAGACAGGAGUGGUGACGUUGUAUGGACUCAGAAGCAGCCUGUUUAUCGCCAUGACUGACCAGGGAAAACUUUAUGGCUCAGGUCACUACAAUAAUGACUGCGAUUUUAAGGAAAGUCUCCUGGCAAACAACUACAACAGCUAUGAAUCAGCAACGCAUCCUGGUAUGUACAUCGGCCUGAGCAAGACUGGAAAAAUCAAGAGAGGCAACCGUCUUAAAAUCACCAUGACAAUGGCACAUUUUCUCCCGAGGAUUUGA